AUGAUGAACGUCACGCGCAACCUGUCCACCCAUUCCGAUAAGCAAAAUGCAACUUCUAUUCAACUUCCACUCGCAGAUGUGGUCCGAUCGAGCGACCCUUCCGACUGGCGAUAUAUAGCAGAAGGUGCUGCUAAUCUAGUGGUAGUUCACCAACCGGGUCUCCAACGAAGCCACACAUCUGGCGAUGCAACCGGGCUGGAAUGCAAAGCCUUGAGAUUGAGAAAACGCGCCGUCGUCGAUGAUCGAAACGAACACCAUAAGGAGAGCCAAGGUUCCAUCGCCCCGGAGGAUCCUACUCUUGCGGAGCCGGUGGCGAUGACUCGGGAUGCAGAUGCCAAAUUGAAAGCCGCUCAAAAUGAGAACCUGGCGUUCGUAGGCUUUCAGGAGCGGGUCGUAGCUCAACUAUUCAAGUCUCAAGAUGUAUUACAAUUCACAUUAGUUCAACUUGAUGCUAGCUGGCUGCAGGCCCUUAACUCGGCCAUUCACUCCAGUCGACCAGGUGCUCAACAUACUCGCUCGGAAAUCGAUAAGACCUGUCCAUUUGGAUUCGUAAUGGAGGACUUGGCUGGCGGGCUCACAGAGUCAGGAGGUAUAGUCGAGAUGGCGUUUGAGAUCAAGCCCAAAUGGACAUUCUUACCCCAAUCGAUCGAAAGCCUUAAACCUGAUCAUCGAGAUAUCAAAUCGAAAUAUUGCCGUACCUGCAUCUAUCGCACUGUGCGCGCCACUGCUACUUCGAUGGAGGAGGAGCUAAAUCCUUACUACACGAGCAAGACAAGGUUCUGUCCGUUGAUGCUAUUUGGUUCGUCAGACCUCAAAACCGUACGAAACUCGGUUGGUCGGUUGUACUGCGAGUGGAUCAGUGCUGCAACCCCAGACUCUCUGGUGCAACCCACAUCCUCAGAUGAUCCUCGACCCAGUCAACUUCACAACAACUUUCGUGUCUUCAGAAAUGGAUUGGUCGUCAAACCAGGAGAAAUACAGCUCGAGGAAAACACGUUGGACUUGUUGGCGACCGGGAUACACCAAUCAACUGGACUAAAACGACUCGAUGAGCUUCAGCGACGGCUUGAUCCCAUCGAUCUUGAUGGAAUCGCUGGUCUUCUCGCAAGCGAACCUCACGGCGCUGAUCUUGAUCGGCCAAUUGAACUAACUGAGUUUGAAGCUCUUCUCCCACUGAUCACGAGUCAGACGAGCGCCACCGAGUACAAUGCGUCGUUCGAGAAGCUUACCACCAGACAAAAAGCAGUGCUUUACAUGGUUUCAAUGACUUUGAAAGACUGCUCAGUCUUUAUACGGAUCGUCAAGACACUGGAACAAGGAGGGCAGGAAGAGGAGCUGAGUAGCAGCCCACCCGCUCAGCCUUCACGGAAAGUCGAGAUCAAGAUGAUCGACUUAGACCUCAAGCCACUCUCGAGAUUGAAAAAGUACGUUACGCGUGACGCAGAGGUCUUGAGUCAUUUCAAGCAGUUGCUACAGUCAACUGCUUGUCCGAUACCAUGUGUUGAAUUACCACAGCCUUGACACUGCAAUGGGGAUCUUUCUCUCAACAUCUGAAUUGAUGCGAGUCUGACAGGCUCUAUGUUAUGCGCGGAUUGAUCCACGCCUGGUGUAUAACAUUACUUGAUCAAAAGUUGUACUUUUUAUCUUCAAAAAUCUUUGUUUUCUGUGUGCAGAUCUUGCCCUCAUUUUGGGGAAGCAGUGCAAUCAAACCUUAGUUUCUCAAUG